UGUUGAGGAUCGACGCAGUUAAAGUGAAACCAAGUAGCUGGGUAGCUCUUUUUGAGUCUUAUCGUCCUGAAGAGCGAUUGCAACUCGUUUGUUUUUUUUUAUAUAUAUAUAAGUGAGUAUAAAUAAUUAUACUUUUAAGGCGGAAAAAAUGAGUACAAUCAACGUGAAAAAGCUCAAAGUGAACGAGCUUAAGGACGAGCUGAAAAAGCGCCAGCUUUCGGAUAAAGGAUUGAAGGCCGAGCUUAUGGACCGGUUACAGGCCGCGCUCGAUGCAGAGGCCCAAGCUGGAGACGCGUCCAUCGAGCAAGAAGCGGAGGAAAAUGGGGCCGAGGGAAACACCGGCGAGCUCGAACCAGAGCAAGAAGGCAUGGCCGAAGAAGAAGAGGAGGAAGAGACGGUCGGAGAAAGCAUGGAGGCUGAGGAGGAAAACGGAGGGGGAGAAGCAGAUGCCGCAGCGGGCGACUGCGAGGACCUUGGGCAGGACGACGAAAUGGCCGAGGAGGAGGAGGACGGGGACGCCGGGGUUGAGAUGGACAAAGCGUUCGAAGAGGACGACGACGGAGACAAAAUCGACGACGAGGAUGCUGAACAAGAAUCGCAGCCAACAGAGCCAACAGAGGGAGAUGCGGACAAAGACAUCAGUGCUGAUCAGAAGAAUAAGAAGGGGGUUAAGAGACGCCGGGAGGAACAUGGAAGGGGCUACUUUGAAUUUAUUGAAGAAAGCAAAUACAGCCGGGCCAAGUCCCCUCUGCCACCUCUGGAAGAGGAGGAUGAGGAGUUUGAUGACACCCUGGUGUGUCUGGAUCCAUACAACUGUGACCUGCACUUCAAGGUGUCCCGAGACCGUUACAGCGCCACCUCCCUCACCAUGGAGAGUUUUGCCUACUUGUGGGCUGGCGGUCGAGGCUCCUACGGCGUGAACAAGGGCAAAGCCUCCUUUGAAAUGAAGAUCAUUGAGAAGAUCCCUGUGAAGCACGUGAAGAGCAAGAGCAUGGAUGUCCACGAUGUUCAGGUUGGCUGGUCCCUGGCCAACAGCACCCUGCUGUUGGGCGAGGAGGAGCACUCUUAUGCCUAUGCACUCAAAGGGAAGAAAACCACCAAUUGUGUGACCGAAGACUACGGAGAGGCUUUUGAUGAAAAUGAUGUCAUUGGCUGCUUUAUUAACUUUGAUGGGGACGAAGUUGAGAUUUCCUACUCCAAGAACGGGAAGGACCUCGGCGUGGCAUUUAAGGUGAGCAAGGAAGCACUGGCUGACCGUGCGCUCUUCCCCCACGUGCUCUGCCACAACUGUGCUGUGGAGUUCAACUUUGGCCAGAAGGAGGCACCACACUGCACCCAGCUGGAGGGCUUCACCAUGCUCCAGCAGGUUCCUGUGGACGAGCGUGUUCGAGGACCCAAGGGCCCUGAUGCUAAGAAAGACUGCGAGGUGAUUGUCAUGGUUGGUCUUCCCGGGUCAGGGAAGACCACAUGGGUGACGAAGCACACCGAGGAGAACCUUGGCAAAUACACCGUCUUGGGAACCAACACCAUCGUGGAGAAGAUGAUGAUUAGCAGCUUGAAGCGCCAGAACAAAGACACGACCAAACUUGCGGCAAUCUCCCAGAGUGCCCCUCUGUUCCUGGGCAAAUUCAUCGAAAUCGCCGCACGCAAGAAGAGGAACUACAUCCUUGAUCAGACCAACGUGUCUGCUGCAGCCCAGAGGAGGAAGAUGUGCCUGUUUGCUGGCUUCCAGCGCAAGGCUGUGGUGGUCCUGCCCACAGACGAGGCAUACAAAGAGAGGACGCAGAAAAAAGCCGAAACUGAUGGCAAAGACGUCCCCGAGCACGCUGUGCUGAAGAUGAAGGGCAUAUACACGCUGCCGGAGGUGGGCGACUACUUCUCGGAGGUCACCUACGUGGAGCUGCAGAAGGAGGAGGCAACCAAGCUCCUAGAACAGUACAAGGAGGAGAGCAAGAGUGCCCUGCCCCCAGAGAAGAAGCCCAACCAGGGCACACCCAAGAAGGGGGGAGCUCGGAACCGCGGCAAGGCCCAGUUCAACAGGGGAGGAGGCCCAGGCCCACGCGGAGGCCGGGGUGGCUUCCAGAACCGCGGAAACUUCCGAGGGAUGCCCGGUCCCCGUGGAGGUUUCAGCCGCCCCCCACGUGGCGGCCUGCCACCGCCAGCCUUCCGCGGAGGGUUCCCUAGCCGCGGCAACUUUAACCGGGGCGGAGGCGGCGGUGCUGGUGGCAUGCCCAACAGGAGCAUGGCUCCCAGGGGGGCCCCUGGCAGGGGUGGCAUGGCCAACAUGGGCAACAGGGGUGGAGCCAUGAACCGCGGACGGCCCAUGAACAGGGGCAACAUGAACCGAGGCGGGCAAGGUGGCGGCCCCAGCCGGGGCAACUUCAACCAGAAAUUCCGCGGGAGGGGAGGAAACCAGCAGAACCGCGGUGGGUUCGGUAACAGGAACGGCAUGAAUAAGGCUCAGGCCUUCAACCAGAGCUGGCAGCAAGGGUUCUGGAGCCAGAAGCCAUGGAGUCAGCAGUACCACCCGGGAUAUUACUGAGUGGGCUUUUGCAUUAAAGACUGGUGGCUUGUGGAGGUUCUCCUCUUGUGACUACAGACCCACCCAUCCACUUUUACUGACUCUUCUGUUCGUGUGGUUUGGUUUUUUUUUUUGUUUUUUUUUUUGUUUUUGUUUUUGUUUUUUUUUUUAAACGUUGAACUCUUAAACACACGUUUUAAAUGAGAAAUUCUAAAUGGACAAACAUUCCACAUCCCGAGACGAGGUCUCCCAUAGACGCGUGAUGGGUUCCGUUUUCCACAUUGUUUUUGUAAAUCUCAUUUUUGUUCUUUCCUUUUGUUGAAGAGCCCAUGUUUUGAUAUGUUGUUAUCAAGAACCACAACAUUUCAUUCUGCGUGGGAUGGUUUUGAUUAAAUUUCAGGGUUGUGCAUUUUAUUCUGUACAAUGUCAUUUUUACUAAAUGUAAAUUAUUGUUUUGCAAGUAUUUUUUGUGUCAGAAUCGUAGUAUGUGAGAGUCCUGCAAAUCCAGACUGGUCCUUUUAGAGGCUUAUUGGCAGUAAUUGUAAGAAUUUAGCAGCAAAAACAGCCCCUUCAUGGAUCAUAUGAAAGCGAUAUCAUUGUUAUUAUACAUUAAUUUCUUCUUAUGAACUUUUUUUUUUUUUUUUUUUUUUUCUUUAUCCUCCCCCUCCUUGUGUAUUUCGGUCAAGUAUGUAAUAGUUAAACUCCAUAGGUUUACAAUAAAUGGGUUAUUUGCUUUUGUA